AUGGUUGCUUGGAUUAUGGCGUGUGUUACAACGGUAUCCUACUCGGUUAGCGUAAAUGGCGAGUUGCGUGGUUACUUUUCAGGGAAACGGGGUCUUUGUCAAGGAGAUCCAAUGUCCCCGUACCUAUUCACGUUGAUUAUGGAGGUGUUAUCUCUCAUGUUACAAAAGAUGGCGUUAAACCCUGCUUUCAAGUUCCAUAGUCACUGUUCUAAACAAAAGAUUAUCAACGUAUCAUUUGCUGAUGACUUAUUUGUUUUUGUUAAUGGAGAUACUGGAUCGGUCAAGCUUGUUCGGAAUGUUUUGGAGAAGUUCACUAGUGUUUCGGGCCUGGUCCCUAGCUUGCCCAAGAGUACGGUUUUUUUCUGCAAUGUUCCAAGCCAAGUAAAAGCUGAAAUCCUGAGCUUGUUGCCGUUUCAUGAGGGUGAACUUCCGGUUCGCUACCUCGGGGUUCCCUUAAUCUCUACUAAGUUAUCUUUUAGAGAUUGCCGGGUUCUGGUGGAACGUAUGGAGAGGAAGGUUGAUAAUUGGAUGUCUAAAUUGUUAUCGUUUGCAGGUCGAUUGCAGCUCCUUAACUCUGUUCUUGCAGCAAUGUAUACGUAUUGGGCCUCGGUUUUUAUUUUGCCAAUGCGUAUAGUCAAGGAUCUGGAAAAGAGAAUGCGAAGACCUUAUGUUUGGAAGUUAAUUGGGAGUGGUUCCCAAACAAACGCGUGGAGUGAUAAUUGGUGCUCGUGUAGUCCGAUCCGAAACUUUAUUACACCAAGGAGAAUUGCCCAAGCGGGUUUUAAUUUGCAAACUACUGUUGCAGAGCUUGUAGACGCUAAUGGCAACUGGCGGUGGCCUCAGGCAUGGUAUGACUUAUUCCCAGUACUCAUAAAUGUCAUGGCUCCUUCUCUUGUUCCUGAUUCGGUUGACAGACUGGGAUGGAGAGAGGUGGGAGGGAAAAUUGUGCAUUUUAGCUCUUGGGAAGCUUGGAAUAAUCUUCGGGUAAGGGAUAACAAGGUGGCUUGGGUGAAUAUGGUGUGGUAUGGCCAGUGCAUUCCAAGACAUUCUUUUCAUCUUUGGUUAGUUCUAAAGAAUAAGCUGAAGACACAAGAUAGAUUGGCAGUUUGGGAAGCGGGGAGUGAAACAAAUCUACGUCUUAUGUGUUGUCCUCUUUGUAACUAUGGACGAGACUCAAGAGAUCAUUUAUUCUUUCAAUGCUCUUAUGCGGCCAAGAUUUGGAGCAUUGUCAAGGAAAAAGUUGAUAUGGUAAAUGUAAACGAUUCAUGGAGCUCAAUCAUGGCAUGGAUAGAGCUAAAUGCGAGUUCAAAGACUCUGGAACACAUUGUGUGUAAGCUGGUGGUAGCGGCCUCUACAUACUUUAUAUGGCAAGAACGGAAUAACCAGCUGUUUUCCAACAUUCACAGGAAGGAAGAGAUGGUGGCACAGAUUAUUUUGGAUAUGGUGCGGCUUCGUAUAAUGAGUUUCAAGAUCGGACGUCAUGGGAAUUAUAGGAAGCUUUUGGAAACCUGGGGAGUAAGAGAAGACGAACCGGGCUAA